CAUCAUGAGCAUGUAAAUAGAAAACAGUAAAAAAAUAUUUUUAUUUCGUUUUUUGACUGGUUAUUGCGAAAUGUUGGAAGAUAAUGCUGAUGAUAAAAUUAUUCUGCCUCACCAUGAGCAACAGGAGCUGUGUACUACGCGGCUGCCAUACCGCCAAGGCCGAAAACUCACUGCUGUUAAGGUUUAUACGAUCAACAGCGAAUCUAACCACCUCCUUAUAUUCGGGAUCCCGUCGCUCAAUCUGCGACAAGAAGCUAAAGCCCUUUUCCAGAAAUUUGGCAGGUUAAAAUCAUUUAAUUUGGCAAAGGAUUACAAAAGUGAACAGUUUACUGAGACCUACCAUGCUGUUUUCGAGAAAAUACAAUCAGCCAGAGUCGCUAAGAGAAUGUUAGAUACUAAAAACUUCUAUGGAGGCUCACUGCAUGUAACCUAUGCUCCGGAAUUAGAAGAUUUAGAUGAAACAAGAAUAAAAUUAUUGCAAAGAAAACAUGAUGUUUUAACUCGGCUGAGAAAUUUGCAGAAUGAACAAGAUACAAUUGUCAAAAAAGUUGAAAUUGAGCCAGAAGUUGAACAAAUUGUGCCUAAACUAAAUAUGGGUGAAACUAAUGUGAUUUCUCAAGAUGGUUCUGUUAGAAAACGAAAACUUAUAAAACAUGUAGAAGAGAAAAGAUUUAAACCAUGUUUUAUAACUAAUGAAGUUAAAUCGAAAGAAGUAGAUGUAAAUAAAAGUGCUACUAAUUUUGUAGAUAGACUUCCAUUAGUAACUGUAGAAAAGCCUCAUAGAUUAGAUACAACAGAUAACAUAGAAAUAGUAGAUUGUACUUCCACAGAUAUAGAAACUAUUACAAAUGUGAAUGAACAUGAUAACAUGAAAGAUGGUGUUAAAAUUUAUAAAAUACCAGAAAAGCCUUUAAAUAAAAUAAAAUUUAAUGUAAAUUAAAAGAGUUAGUUUUAAGUAAUGGUUUUAUUUCAACUGGGCUUAAAGUUAAACACUAAUGUAGUAACAAAAAACAAUAAAAACAUUGUAUAAAUAAAUUAUCUAAAAACCGGUCAAAGAGAAUAUAUAGGAUAGAGGGGUACUGUCAUAGUAAGUUUUGUAGUUACAGUAAAUGUACUGCCAUCUAUCGACACAUUCGUUUUGCGGAAAAAUCGCCCGAACUACAAUUCAAUACUAUCGACACAUGAAUUAAGCUAAAAAUAAAAAAAUAACAAAAAAUUUAUAUACAUGGAUCUGUUUUUUUUAUUUGUAUUUAUUAUUUUUAUAUGAUCUGGACCCAUGUUCUUUCACUGAUAUGUGUUAAAAUUGUUAAAUACAAACAAAACCGUCAACGCCAUCUUAACGAGAAUAGGCCAAAGGUUGGUAUUGGUGGAAGCGUCAUCUGUGCGAGAAUAAAAUUUUCUUGAUUUCCGA